AUGUCCUGGCAACCUCAGGAAGAGCCUUUGCGGCAGCUCGCCCAGGCUCUCAAGGACUCGCUGAGCGGCCAUGACCCGGCAGUGCAGAAGAACGCCGAGCUUAUGCUCAAGCAAGCCAAAAGUGCGCCCGAGAUAAACAAUUAUCUGGCCUUCCUCUUCACGAGCAGCCAGCCCCCGGCCUCGCUAGAUAUCUCGCAACCAAACUACCAUGCGGCACGGAGCGCGGCGGCGAUUAUGCUGAAGAACGACGUCAAGAUGUCCUACAAGUCCAUUCCGGAGGAUAGCAAGGCCUACAUUCGCUCAAUUGUGCUCAAUGCGCUGCAGGACCCCAAUGCGCAAAUGCGCAACUACGCCGGGAACGUCAUCACCGAGGUUGUACGACAGGGCGGUAUCCUUGGUUGGCCUUCCAUCUUGAUGGAGCUCAUCUCAUUGGUCAGCAACGACGGCGGCUCAGUCCCUGAGCAGGCGCAAGACGGCGCAAUGGGUGCUUUGUGUAAGAUUUGCGAGGAUAACCGGCGCGCGUUGGACAAGGAGUACUCCGGCCAACGGCCGCUUGAUUUCCUCUUUCCGAAAUUCAUCGAAUUCACUAGCCACUCGAUACCCAAGGUGCGCGCUAAUGCCCUAGCGGCCAUGAACGUUUUCAUCCCGGACAAGCCUGCUGCAGUGCUCACAAACUUGGAUCCUCUCCUCCUGAGCCUUUUCCGUCUGGCGGGGGACAGCAACAGCGAGGUCCGCAAGCAUGUCUGCCGCGCUUUCAUCCACGUCGCAGAGAUCAGUCCGGAGAAGAUCAUCCCACACAUGGACGGCUUGGUGGAUUACAUGGUCACCCAGCAGCGCUCGGUGGAUGACACGGAGCUUGCGCUCGAUGCCGCAGAGUUUUGGCUUUGCGUGGGAGAAGACGACAAUCUGCGUGGCUCGCUUGGUCCUUACCUUCCCAAGAUUGUGCCAGUGCUCCUUGAAAGUAUGGUCUACAGCGAGGAUGACAUUUUAAGGUUAGAAGGGGAGAAGGAAGAUGCCGAACAGGAGGAUAGGGAGCAAGACAUCAGGCCUACUUUUGCAAGCGCAAAAGCCACCAGAGGUGGCACUACGAACGGCGAUGUGUCCGAAGCCGACAAGCAUCUGGCAGCGGAUGAUGAUCUCAGCGAGGGCGAAAUUGACGACUGGGAUGAUGAUGAUGAUGACUAUGGUGGAGAUCCAGAGGAGCAGUGGAAUCUGCGGAAGUGCUCGGCAGCCGCUCUCGACGUUUUGGCAAGCGUCUUCCACCAACCGGUCUUCGAAGUCACCCUUCCCUACCUCAAGGAGAACCUUGUCCACGCCGAAUGGCCGAACCGCGAAGCGGCGGUACUUGCCCUCGGAGCUGUUGCGGAUGGUUGCAUGGACGAUGUCCAACCUCAUCUUCCUGAACUCACCCGGUAUCUGAUUUCGUUGCUUAACGACAAGGAGCCCGUGGUGCGGCAAAUUACUUGCUGGUCAUUAGGGAGGUAUUCUUCCUGGGCGUCGCACCUUGACCGUGCGGGCCAGCAAGAAUUCUUCGAGCCCAUGAUGGAUGGUAUCCUGAAACGCAUGCUUGAUGGUAACAAGCGUGUUCAAGAAGCUGCCGCUUCCGCUUUUGCCAACCUGGAGGAGAAGGCCAACGCCCAACUCACACCCUACUGCUCGGUUAUUGUUCGGCAAUUCGUGGAGUGCUUCGCCAGAUACAAGGAUCGAAACAUGUUCAUCCUGUACGACUGCGUGCAAACCCUGGCGGAACAUGUCGGGCCAGCGCUAGCGAACCCUGAGCUUGUGCAAACUCUCAUGCCCGCACUGGUUCAGCGGUGGAACAAGGUCUCGGAUCAAUCCAGGGAAAUGUUUCCAUUGCUUGAGUGCUUGUCCUAUGUUGCAACUGCCUUGGGCGAUACCUUUGCGGCGUUUGCUCAGCCAAUCUUCGCUAGGUGCAUCAAGAUUGUCCAUCAGAACCUCGAGGAAUGUUUCGUCGCAAAUAACAAUCCAGGUUUCGACGAGCCGGAAAAGGAUUUUCUGGUCACCAGUCUCGACCUUCUGAGUGCCAUUAUCCAAGCUCUGGAUGACCAAAAGGGCACCGAACUGGUGGCAACUUCGCAACCAAAUGUCUUCGAAAUGCUCGCCUACUGUAUGAAGGACCCCAACAAUGAUGUCCGGCAAUCAGCAUACGCUUUGCUUGGAGAUUGCGCGAUAUACGUCUUCCCCCAACUUCAACCCUUCCUUCCCUCCAUUCUGGAAAUCCUUAUCGCUCAACUCGAACUGGACCCCAGUAUUACUGACGUAGAGGAUAAUGGAUUCUCUGUCAUCAACAACGCUUGCUGGUCAGUGGGCGAAAUUGCGAUGCGUCAAAGAGAGGGCAUGGCACCAUACGUCGAGAGAUUGCUCCAGAAGCUGGCCACGAUACUCUUCAACGCCAAGGUUCCCAUGUCUCUCAACGAGAAUGCCGCCAUUGCUCUUGGCAGGCUCGGAAUUGGCUCGGCGCAAGCACUUGCCCCGCACCUGGCAACUUUCGCUCCAUACUUCCUCCAGGCCAUCAAGAACGUCGAUUGGACGGACGAGAAGGGCCAUGCACUCAACGGAUUCAUCAAAAUCGUAUUAUGCAAUCCGCAGGCAAUGGAGCAAUGCCUGCUUGACUUCUUUGCCGAGAUGGCAUCGGCACCGAAUGCGUUUGUCCAGGGACCCGGCAUAGUCGACGGCCCCAUGGAACCUUUCCAACAAGCGCUUGUUCAAUACAAGAACAUGAUCCCGGAUUUCGAUUCCUUCCUGCACCACUUGCCGCCGGUCAAGGAGCAGGCACUCCGGAGCACUUACCACCUGUGA